AUGACUGCACUCGUGGCCACCGGCAUUGGCAACGCAGUGCUCAUAGUGAUCUCGUUGGCUAUCUCUGUAGCCAUGUUCGUCUACAUGAGAAGAAAGCUGAGGCCCUCUAAGGAUGAUUCCAAAUCCAAUGCGGCUCUUUGCUUCGAGGAGGAGGACAAGAUCAGAAGUGGUGAAGACAAGUGCCAGAAGAGCGGCGCUCUGGUCUGCUUCGACGGCGGCGAGGAGCUGAGGCUGGAGAGCCUCCUCAAGGCCUCGGCGGAGGUGCUCGGCAAGGGCGUGUCCGGGAGCACGUACAAGGCGGUCCUCGAGGACGGCAUCGUGGCGGCCGUGAAGCGGCUCAGCGCCCUGCAGUUCCCCGGCCGGAGCAAGGCCUUCGACCGCCACAUGCGGCUCGUCGGCAGGCGGCUGCUCGUCUACGACUACCUCCCCAACGGGAGCCUCCAGUCCCUUCUGCGAGGCAACGGUGGAGGCGGCAGAACGAGGAGCUUGGACUGGGCGACGAAGAAGGGCAUCCUGUUCGGCGCGGCGCAGGGACUCAACUACAUCCACACGUUCCCGGCGCGGCCGGCGCUGGUGCACGGGAACGUGAAGCCGUCCAACAUCCUCCUCGACGAGCGCAGCGCCGCGUGCGUCUCCGAGUGCGGGCUCAUGCGCUACGCCGCCAGCGUCCAGCAGUCCGCCCCGCAGCCGCCCGAGCUGUUCCUGGACCGGGCGGUGUCGAGCCGCGGCGGAUGGCGCGGGUACGCGGCGCCGGAGCUGACGGCGCCGGGCGCGAGGGCGACGCAGGAGUCGGACGUGUACAGCUUCGGGAUGGUGCUCCUGGCGGUGGUGACCGCCAAGGGCGCCGCGGACGGCGGCGAGGAAGAGGGCGAAGGGGAGGAGACGAUGGGGAUGGUGAAGAUCGGCGUGUUGUGCACCGCCGAGGCGCCGGAGGAGAGGCCCAGGAUGGCGCAGGUGCUCACCAUGAUGAGCGAGUUCAUGUAG